AUGGCGGGGCUGGGGCAGCAGCGCCUGAACGUGGUGCCGACGGUGACGACGCUGGGCAUGGUGAAGGCGCGGCUGGCCGGCGCCACCCGCGGCCACGCGCUGCUCAAGAAGAAGUCGGACGCGCUCACGGUGCAGUUCCGCGCCAUCCUCAAGCGCAUCGUGUCCGCCAAGGACGCCAUGGGCGACGCCAUGCGCGCCGCGUCGCUCUCGCUCGCCGAGGCGCUCUACGUGGCGGCCGCGCCGCUCCGCCACGUUGUGCAGCAGUCCGUCUCCGGGCCCGCCAGGCUCCGCGUGCGCGCGCACCAGGACAACAUCGCCGGCGUCCGCCUCCCGCGCUUCAAGAGCUACCGACGACGGCACCGCCGCGGGCGGUGGCUCAGCGUCGCUCGCGGGGCUCGCCGGCGGCGGGCAGCAGAAGAUCCAGGGGUACAAGAGCGGGAGCUCGAGCGCCAGAAGGAGGUCGCCACCCGCUACGCCGAGGAGAAGGCCGCCGGCGAGGUCGCGCUCAAGCGCGGCGUUUCCGUCGCCACUGCGGAGAGCAUGCUGGAGAACGGCGACACGGACGAGGAUAUCAUCUUCUGA